GGACGAACGACGACGUUCCCUUCGUCGGGCUAUCCCGCGCUUUCGAACCCACUCCGCAUUUUUUCAUUAUCUGGACUUAAUUAUUGGGGCUGCCAAUCCCAGAAAAAGAAAGAAAAUAGUAAACAUAAUCUGAAAGCAACCCCAAUAAUUUAAAAAUGUCCGGAUUCGCAGCGGCGGGUCUCGGGGCCCUGGGAACCAUCAAAGCGAGGGUAGAAGGAAAGUUAGCAGGAUAUCGAGCAACAAGAAGACCGUCAGCCGGAUAUGACGAAUUUGAAUUACCAAGAAAUCGAGGGAGCAAGGAUAACAUGGGAUUUGAGGACGAGAAGGGCUACGAUGGACGUGCAUCCUUUGAUUCAUUGCCGGAGCCAGAGAGGCCACCCCUACGUCACAUUGACACGUACAUUAAACCCGAGUGUCCAUGCUUGUCAACGAGAUUCACAGUUGCUGUACUUGCUUGUGUAGGUUUCAUCAUUUCCUUCGGCAUGAGAGCCAACAUGGGCAUGGCAAAGCUGGCGAUAGCAAACGAAACAGACAGCAAUGGUAUAAGAAUACACAAUUGGGGUGUGGGUACCGAGAGUGCCAUGGACUCAUCAUUCUUUUUGGGAUACCUAAUCACCCAAGUGCCAGGAGGAUUUUUGGCCUCCCUCUAUCCGGCCAACAAAAUAUUCGGUCUUGCAAUCGCCAUCUCCUCGUUUCUCAAUCUUCUUGUACCGGGGGCCAUCAACACCGAUCCAUAUUUGGACAUGUUUGUUCAAGUAUUGAAAGGGCUUGUUGAGGGAGUCACUUAUCCAGCCUGUCACGGUAUCUGGAAGAACUGGGCACCACCCCUGGAAAGAUCAAGGCUAGCAACUUUAGCCUUUUGCGGGUCGUACGCUGCUGUUGUCAUCGGAAUGCCCCUGUCCGGCUGUCUGAACUCGUGGUUCAACUGGUCUGUCUCCUUCUACGUCUACGGUAUCGCGGGGCUGAUUUGGUAUAUAGCCUGGUUAUGGCUUGUCUUCGAAAGGCCCUCGAAACACCCCUCCAUUACAGCCCGCGAGCUCCGGUACAUCGAGGACUCCCUGGGACAGGCACACUCCCAAGCACCUCAGCCAACAUUCAACACAACCCCCUGGAAGAAGUUCUUCACCUCAAUGCCAGUUUACGCUAUCAUCGUCGCUAACUUCUGCCGAUCCUGGAAUUUUUAUCUGCUCGUGCUGUAUCAGGCUCGCUAUAUGAGUGAAUCUUUUAAAUUAUCCACUGUUGAAACUGGUAUAGUUGGGUCCAUACCCCAUCUCCUGAUGACGUGCAUCGUACCCCUCGGCGGGAUGCUUGCCGACUACCUCCGCAGGACAGGUAAAUUAACAACAACACAAGUCCGAAAGCUCUUCAACUGCGGUGGAUUUGGCACUGAGGCCUUCUUCUUCCUCAUCGUUGCGUAUGCCACAGUUCACAAGAAUCCAACUGGUGCUACAAUAGCCCUGACCUUCGGCGUUGCUGGCAGUGGCUUCGCUAUCUCUGGAUUCAAUGUCAAUCAUCUGGAUAUUGCACCGAGAUACGCCAGUAUUCUCAUGGGAAUGUCCAAUGGAAUCGGCACCAUCGCCGGCCUACUUGUUCCCGUUUUUGUUGAUCACAUGACGAAAAAUCAUUCGGCGGACGAGUGGAAGGUAGUGUUCAUAAUUGCAGCAUGUGUUCACGGAUUUGGUGUCACGUUUUACGCAAUAUUUUGCUCCGGUGAAUUGCAAUCUUGGGCUGAUCCUUCGUUGGAGGAGCAGAAGAGUUGGAAUCCACUUGAUGAUUUGGGACAGACUAAACCACCUGUUCCACCACCGCCCAAAGUCAUGCAGUCUGAGUUCAUCAGACAGCCAUCAGGAGACAUAAAUGCCGCCUGGAACGAUGUUCCUCACCACCAAGCCGGUACCUACGAUCAACAGGAGAGAAUCGGCACACAAUCGGUGAUCAAUUAUGGAUCAACAGAGACAAAUGCAAGCAAUCCCUUUCGCUCAACGAAUCCAUUCGCAAGUGGCAUAAGCGAGACUCUCGUACAACCACCAGCCAGAGAUGACUACACGCACGAUGUUAUGGAGCAUCAACAAUGGGACUGAGCUGUCAACGUCGGAAAAUCAAAAUGAUCAUUCUUGAGAUCGAUUGUUAUUCAACGAGAUUAGUAAGUUUAAGCGUUCAUUCUAUUUCUCGGGGACAUGGAUCUCAAGGUGAGCCAUUCCUAACUUCAACAAUUGCACAAAACAUAUUGAAUCGAAGAUGAAAAAUAUAUUUCGGAGAGGGGGGGGAUGAGCUGUCGGAGCUUUUCUAUGAUGCGAAUUGGCAAUUAUUUCCGCAUAUCGGUAGAGGUGAAUUUUAUUGUAAUCGUCGUAGGAGCGGAAUGAUUUUUUUUUCAAUUCUUUUCUUGUUUAUGUGAGUGAUUCUGGUUCACCCUGGGAAUCUGCGUCAAUUCUUUAAUGAAAUGGAAUUGGAUCAUGGGGAAAAGGAGAAGUAGAGAAUUUUUAUAUUGCCGUGGACGCAAAAAUUCUAGAGUAAUAGCCAGCGAAUUCGAUGGAACAUUCUUGGGGAUUUUUGGUGAACUUUUGUUGAAAAUUGUGUUGGUUUUCGCCGAUUCUAUCUGAGAGUUCUGCCACUUUAGUUUAAUUUUUUUUAUUCAAAAUGCCAAAUUUUUCAGUCUUGUUUUUAUUGAGCAAAUCAAACAAACAAAAUUUGGAAAAUUUGAGCUGAGGAAAAAAAAAUUCCACUGAUUUUUUCUAUUGAAUAUUUCCCAUUGAAGGCUGCGCAUUUCUACGCGUUUUUUUUCGUAGAAAAGAACAAAUAAAAACUAUUUUAUAGGUCAAAUCAGUGGAAUUGCAUCUUGAUAUGUAUUUUUUCUGGUGAGAUAUUUUCUGUAGGAAUUCCUCGACAUAAAUUUUUCAAGUUUUUUCACUGUAUUUUUUUCUCUUUUCACGGAACGACUCGAAGAAAAAAAACCAAGAUAAUCUGAACCUAGAAAAGAAAAUUCUAUUGAUUUUUUCUAUAAAAUAUUUUCUAUUGUGCAUUUCUGCGGAAAAAAUGCGCAGAAAAAUAGGGGAAUUUUGCAACAGAAUCGAAAUCCAAUAGAAUUUUCUAACGAAUUCGUUGGUUUGUUCUCUGAAAUUUUUUCGCACAUGUCCAUUUCAUUAACGGAUUCAAAUAGUGAAACUUACUGGUUUCGCCUAAAAAUUCUGACAAUACUAAAUUCCUCGAUGUGGGGAAUACCUAAGAGGGCAGAUAAUAGUGCUGUAAGCGGUUAAAAACUAUGCAAAACUACGAAAGAAAAACACGAUGAAAGUAUUAACAGAAAGUAUAACAAUUACGUACACUAAUUUCUAAAAAUAACGGUAUUUUUUAUAAAUAUACAGUUAAUUGGCGCAUAAAGGAACAACGCACGAUAGAUAUACAAUUAACUUGAGCGCAUUAAUUAUCAAUAAUUUGAGCGCAAAAUGCAGACAAUAUUAACUAUAAAAAAAGCACGUGUUUUUGAAUUGCACUUGAGAUUUAUAUUUGCAAAACUGCGACAAUAAAUAUUCAUGUUUCUAUAUUAUUUAAAGAUUGUGACAAUAUGAAGAAAAAACUGCACUUGUUUCCAAUCGCACGAAAAUGAGAUAUUUGAUAUGAAUUUAUAAAUUUAUUGAGGAAAGACAAUACAAUUUACAUUUUUUUUUGGUGAGAGGAAGAAUAAUUAUAGCGCCAUUGGCUGAUACUUUUAGGGAGUAAUCACCAUCACCGAAUUAAUUUGAUUAAGGAUAUCCAAGUACUUCGUUCGCACUCAGUGUUUUAGUCAUGAUCGUUAUUCAUUCCUUUAUUUAUUCAGAUUUGAGAAAAAAAUUUGAAUCUUCUUCGACAAACACAUGAAUAAAAAUUUCUUAUUCACAAUUUUUUUGAGAAAAAAAAGUAUUAUCCAUUGUUAUUAUUGUUAUUAUUUUUUAAGCUCAGAUAGACUUGAAAUAAGUCUAGCAUGUGUCACCUAUUUUUUGAUAGAGGAUCAUAUUUUCAAAAAAAAUAUUUGGAAUGCUCUUGGGCCGAACUACUUGGAUAUUCUUGAAGAAUUCCGAAGAAAAUCGACAAUAUGAAAGCAAUAAAUGGAGCGAUGUCUCGGGAACUCCAGAAAAUAAAGCUACGAAUGAAAGUAAAAAACCUAAAGUGAUAGAAAAAAAAUAUUGAAAGUAUCAAGACUUCUGUAUACAAACAAGUAUUUAAUAUUGAACAUGUUAAGAUGAAAGAGAAAUGACGAUUUUUGUGUCAAUGCAUAAUUAAUUAGCACUUAUUCUUUGCUAAUAUCCCUCAGAUAUAUGUCGUAAGCGUUCAGUAGAUUGCGUGUGAGUGGAGGAAAGUGAAAACUUGAAGAAAAAAAUAUUGAUGAAAGUACAUUUUUGUGAUUGCAUCGAUUAAAAGGGAAUAACAAUAAUUCAAUAUAUUACGAUUAAUGACUAUAAACAGAGUGAAAGUAAAGAAGCAAAUUCAAGUUAUGAAAAAUCUUUGAUUCAAAAUCCAAUGGAAAAUUAGUCAAUUUAUGUGAUACCUUGGUGAGCGUGAAGGUAUCUGAAGGAAAAUUAAAUAAUUCAUAACGUAUUAAUGAAUAAAAUAACCUUAAAUCUAUUGAAAAUUAUAUAUAAAAGAUAAUUAUUAUCCUCGACCGGAAUCGAUUGGAUACGUUGCCAGGGAAUGGCCACACGUGUGUGAAUAGGUAGAGAUGUUGUUGCUUUGACAAAAAAAAUAUGAAGAAUUAUAUUAGGUUUAGGAGAAUGCGAUGUGCGGGCGAGGGAUUGUUUUAUCAGUGAAUUUUUAAGUGAUCGGCGAGUGUGUCGGUGAUUGAUAGCCGAAUGGUACUCAUUUUUCUGGUGCAAUAGUAUUAUCUGAGUUAUACACUGUUAGAAAAACAGUGAAAUUUCAUGGACAGUUGACUACCAAUUUUCAGGAUAGUGACAGGGAAUGCGAUUUAGGGGGAAAAAAUUAUGAAAUUUCAGGUUUCACUGACAGUUCAGUAAAACUCCAGAAUUUUGAGCGGCAUAAAGACGAGAACUCCUUAAUUUAUUUGAAUUUCCAAUCUAGUAUGAAUAUUCAGUGA